AUGUCGUUGCUGCGUACGCUCGUCCCACGAGCAACACGGGCCUUUAGUACGCACUCGCGAGUACUCUCGGCAGAGGCAGGUAAGGCUGCUACUGCCUCAUCUUCGCCUGCCAAUGUCCCGGCAGAGACGCGGCGUACAGCCUCCUCCUCUACGUCCACGUCUGACGUAGCGACGACCUCCGAGCACCUCGAACACCUCGUCCCGGACGUGCAAUCGCCUCCCCAGACACAUGGCAUUCAUGUUGCGACGAUCCAGCUUACAUCAUACCGCCGCAAGACCUUUGAUCUAGAUUUCUUCGCUGAUUUCGCGAUGCGCGCAGCGCAUGCUUUCCAGAUACCGACCGGCGGCAUUGCCUGCUUGCCAGUGCAGACGUCGCUGUGGACUGUGCCGCGCGGUCCAUUUGUGCAUAAAAAAUCGAUGGAAAACUUUUGGCGUCGGACACACCGACGUAGCAUUAAAAUUUAUGAUGCGAGCGACGCAACUGUCGACCGAUGGCUCCAGUUCCUCCGACACCAUGAAAUGCCCGGUGUGGCCUCAAAAGUUCAACUGUUCCGCCGGUACCCGCUUGGUGUAGGCCAACAGAUGCAAUCUGCCGUGGAGGAUAGGCAGACGAGCGAGGAGGCUGUGCGUGCCAUGGCCGAUGAGAUUCUUAGCAUGCAAAAGGCAUCGUAG